AUGUCACUCAACAGCACCAACUCAACAUCAACGUCGGGCAUGCAGCUCUGCGCCAAAAGCGUGCAACUGGUACUCACCGAAACCUCCAAGCCCUAUGAUGAGGGCCGAUCUCCGGUGCGAUACGAGGCGACUGGAGUGACAGUUCUGAUUGACGCCACUCGGGUCAUUGUGCAGUCGGACUCGGACAACGCGCCCCAGCUGCCUCACGUGGUCGCGUUCAAGCUGGACUGUGUCAAUUUCGCCUCGCUGGAAAUUCCCAUGACCAACAUUCUCAAGGUGCAGCUGACUCAGCCGUGGUUUGGCCCCAACUCGGUGGACAUUUCGUUUGUGGCGAUUCCCAAGGCCGAGAGAGGCCUGCAUCUGGUUCCCGGGCUGAGACGGGACGGAACCACGUGGCGAGCCGAUCUGUACUUUCGCGAGGGUGGCGCCAUUGAGUUCCAAAAGGUUCUGGCGGAGAAACACACAGCGUUCAGGGAGAGAGUCCAGAGACAGGUUUCGGUGGCGCGAGACGGCAUCGAGCCGGAUUUGCCACAGUACGAGGCUCCUCCUGGUUAUGAGGAAUAG